AUGACUAGGGCAAAUCCUGGGUUUGUGCAUCCAUUAAUUUCUGAAAUAGAUAGAGAGUUUCAUAGGUUAAUUAGAGCACGUAGAGCUUUUGUAAUUGAUCCUCAUUCAAGUGAUUCUGAUUCUGACCUUGAUUUUGAUUCUGAAUUUGUUGCAGUUUUUUAUAACAUGGCUGAAGAAGGACCGCGAGAAAGAACAUUAAGGGAGCUGGCUGCACCUGAUUUCACCUACGAAAGCUUGUGUAUCCAGUAUCCUGAGGAUGUACCAUGUGUACUCAAAACUGGACUAAUCCAUUUAUUGCCUAAGUUUGGUGGUCUUGCAGGUGAAGAUCCUCAUAUGCAUAUCAAGGAGUUUCGUACUGUCAUAUCCACCAUGAAACCUCCUGAAGUUGACAAAGAUCAUAUAUGUUUGAAGGCUUUUCCCCAUUCUCUUCAGGGAACUGCAAAGACUUGGCUGUAUAACCUGCCUCCUUCAUCCAUUGCAAGCUGGGACGACCUGAAAAGAAAGUUUCUUGAGAAGUUCUUCCCUGCCUCUAGGACAACUUCAAUCAGAAAAGACAUCUCAGGAAUCAGGCAGCUACAUGGAGAGACUCUACAUGAAUACUGGGAAAGAUUCAAGACACUAUGUGUGAGCUGCCCCCAUCACCAGAUUUCCGAGCAGCUCCUAGUUCAGUAUUUCUAUGAGGGUUUGCUCAACAUGGAGAGACAUCUCAUUGAUGCUGCUUGUGGAGGUGCAUUGAAUGACAUGACUCCUACUGAAGCCAGGCAGUUGUUUGAGAAGAUGGCUGCUAAUUCUCAGCAGUUUCACACAAGGAGUAAUGAUGCUGUUAAAACUGUUAAUGAGAUUGGGACAGAUCCAAGGAUGGACAAGCUUGAGAAGAGGAUGGAAACCAUUGCCAGCUUGGUUACUCAAUUGGCCAUGAACCAGAAUAAACCUUCACAACAGGCAAAGGUUUGUGGCAUUUGCACUAAAGACCAUAAUACUGAUGUUUGUCCUUCUCUGCAGGAACCUACGGAUGAGAAUCCUAAAGCAUAUGCUGCCAACAUUUUCAAUAAUCGACCUCAGCAAAAUUAUGAUCUGUCAUCUAACAGAUAUAAUCCUGGCUGGAGAAAUCAUCCAAAUCUUAGAUGGCAAUCUAAAGAAUCUUCAUUGGAGGAUAUGUUGAAGCAGAUGACAGCCCAAAACAUACAGUUCCAACAAGACACCAGAUCCUCCAUUCAGAAUCUGACCACCCAGAUAGGACAGAUGGCUACUUCAAUAAACCAUCUACAGUCCCAGAAUUCUGAUAAGCUGCCCUCUCAGACGGUUGUGAAUUCAAGAAAUGUGAGUGCCAUCACCUUACGGUCGGGGAAGCAAAUUGAUGCAGAUCAUGGACCAGAGCCAGAGCCUGAACCUGAAAAGGAGACAGAGACCACUGCCACAAGAACCUUCCAAGUACAACCACCUUCCAUUCCUCUUCCAUUCCCUCCGAAAGCUAUGCCAAGCAAGAAGAAGGAAGAGGUAGAUAAGGGAAUCUUGGAGAUAUUCAAGAAAGUGGAGGUGAACAUACCUCUACUUGAUGCACUCAAGCAAAUUCCAAGAUAUGCAAAGUUUCUGAAAGAAUUAUGCACUCAGAAAAGGAAGCUGAAAGGAAAUGAAAGAGUUCGCAUGGGGAGAAACGUUUCUGCAAUCAUAGGUAAAGCUAGUAAACCUGCUCCUGUUUCUGAUGUUCCUGAAAAGUGUGAGGAUCCAGGUACGUUUUAUGUUCCUUGUGUCAUAGGUGAUACUAAAUUUGAAAAUGCCAUGCUAGAUCUAGGAGCUUCAAUUAAUGUGAUGCCUAUGUCUAUUUUCAAAUCACUUUCACUUGGACCUUUGAAACCUACGGGUGUUGUCAUCCAAUUAGCAAAUAGGAGCACGGCACACCCUGCUGGAUGGGUAGAGGAUGUUUUGGUUAGGGUUGGUGAACUUGUUUUCCCUGCUGAUUUUUAUGUGCUUGAAAUGGAAAAAGGAUCUUCCCGUAAUACAGUUCCUAUCAUUUUGGGGAGACCAUUUUUAAAGACAGCCCGAACCAAGAUAGAUGUUUAUGCUGGUACACUGACUAUGGAAUUCGGUGAUAUUGUGGUUAGGAUAAACAUUUUUGAUGCUAUGAAACAUCCACCUGAAGACUAUUUUGUGUUUCAUAUUGAUUUGCUUGAUGAACUGCUUGAUGAUAUGCUUGAUGAACAUGGAUCUGAUUUCCUACAUGAUUCUGAUUAUCCUUCCCUAACUGAGUCAUACACUUGUCAUACAUGUACUGCUACUGAAAUGUGUGAUUCUUGCAUUGAUCAAUUUUUGGACACUGUUGUUGUUGACUCAGAUGUUAAGAAAUCUGAUUGCACUAACCCAGUUGUUGAAGUGCAGGCUGCAGAAACUGUAUCUGCUAGUUUGGUUCCAUCUGUUUUGCAGGCACCCGUAUUGGAGCUUAAGCCCUUACCAGAUAACCUCAAGUAUGCUUACUUGGAGGAUGAUAAGAAGCUCCCUGUCAUUGUUUCCUCAACCCUUCAUGAAAAUCAAGAGGAAAAGUUGCUGCAAGUACUAAAGAAGCACAAGAAAGCUAUUGGUUGGACCUUAGCUGACAUUCUUGGUAUUAGUCCAUCCAUGUGCAUGCAUAGAAUACUCUUGGAAGAAGGAGCGAAGCCAGUGAGACAACCACAAAGGAGACUCAACCCAGUGAUACUUGAUGUUGUGAAGAAGGAGAUCACCAAGCUGCUACAAGCUGGAAUUAUAUAUCCGAUCUCUGACAGCUCUUGGGUGAGCCCAGUUCAAGUGGUCCCUAAGAAGACAAGACUUACUGUAGUGAAGAAUGAGAGAAACGAGCUUAUCCCUACUCGAGUGCAAAACAGUUGGAGGCUCAAUCAAGCAACUAGAAAGGAUCACUUUCAUUUGCCCUUCAAGGAUCCUUCUCUUGUGGAUGUUACCAUGGAAAAUGUUUCCUUGGUUGUUUCCACCCUCCGCCCGCCAUGA